GUGGUUACGUAAACAUCCUUGGUAUUCAGCUAUAACAUUAGCCGAAGGGGUUGUAUGUAAAUAGCUUUACGAGCUUAUAGAAUGUCAACUUGGAUUGUUUUUUGUGUGAGUGCUGUGUAAGUUUUGGUGAAUUCCUGGACAUAUGUCUAAAUAUGGACACCAGAGGCUUUAUGUAAAGGCUGAUAGUUCUUUUUUUCCUAUAAAAUCCGUCUGGUUAGCUGCCUAGCCUAGCCUGUUAGCUAUUGCGGGCAUUACGAGCAGCACAACAAACACCGAGUCAGGCCUCCUGGUCGGCGAGUCGACGUUACACAUUCCUGCCGUCGUCAUCAUGGAGAAGGCUGAUUUCUUGAAAGGACUCCCAGUUUACAAUAAAAGCAACUUCAGCAGAUUCCACGCAGACUCAGUUUGCAAAGCAUCUAAUCGACGGCCCUCUGUUUACCUUCCCACAAGGGAGUAUCCGUCUGAACAGAUUAUUGUAACAGAGAAAACCAACAUCCUCCUGCGUUUCCUGCAUCAGCAGUGGGACAAAAAGCAGAAUGCAGCAAAGAAGAGGGAACAGGAACAAGGCGAAGCGGACAGCCCAGCACCUCCGAGGAAAAUCGCCAGGACAGACAGCCAAGAGAUGAAUGAGGAUUCAUAAAGUGUGUGUUCGUGUGUGAGGGGAUGAGGAUGCGUGUGCACAUCCAGGGUGUAGCCAAUGUGAAGCAAUGAACACAGAAAAGUUGGGUGAACCCGAAUAAAAACGUGGUAGCUGUGAAAAGAGGUGCACUGAUCAGGGUUUUCCCGGCUGACUGUGUUAAGGUUGGGUCAGAAUCCAUCUAAAUGUACGUUUUUUUUUACUUUGGCUCUGACAGUCCGAACAUGUUGACUCCGCUCCAUGUGAGCCAGAACGCCUGUAAGUGUUUGUAUGCAUGUGAAUGUGUGUUCUGUAUGCCUGACCUGAGCGACUAUUGAGUGUGUAGAUUUAAAAUGGAGAUAGACUGGACAGGAAAGGUCAGACUCUACUUUAAGAGAUAAACAUGUAGUUCUGUCACCUGCAGCGUCCUCUAUGAUCCAUAUGAACAUUUUCUUACUCUUUUAAUUUUAUUGCCACUUGUCGUUGAGCCAGCCGGCAGUGCCCACUCUGCUUCACUGCCCACUUUUUAGCCACUGGGGGGCGCUUCAGCAUCCCUAAAAACCCAGUCUAAUAAAGAAUGCACUGUGACAAAGAGCACAAAGAGGAGCAAUUUCUUCCAAAAUCUCCCCCAUAUAAGAUCUGUGAAUAUAUUCCUGUGUGCUGUAUAUUCUGGGACCAUUGCUCGUAGGGUUUAGGGUGUUAAUGUGUCUGAGAUGCAUUUUAAAAUCUAGCAUCUUGCUAACUAUGGCUACAGACAGCAGUUGAUUUUCUUAGAGGGAGGAAUUUGGAUAUAUUCAGACCUUUAACAGCACAGAUAGUAAUAAAAAUAUCCAAUUACAUGAGAGGAUGGGUGGAGAGCGCUUUAUUUAACUUUUCCCUAAAUAAAUAAAACCAGAACAAGUUUGUGUUUCACUAAAUAAAAACAUACCCCUGGAUACAACAAGAAAAAGAUGCAACCCAGUGGAUGUUAUCUCGCUUGCAUGUUGUUGUUUUAACUGCUGGAUGUUAUGUUGCAUAACUGAAGGGGGGGUUGUGAUGACGUCUUGUAUCAGCUUAGAGGCCUUACAACUGCUCAUCGUGGGUCGGAUCCCCUCAGCUGCCGUGGCUCGAAGGUGUCCUCCAGAUUUGCCUGUUUUUUGAAAGGGAUCUUUUAUUGUUUCCAGCCACAUAACGCACAUCAAGCAUGGACAGUAGCGUUCAGUCCCAGUCCUGCUUUCAGUUGAUACUGGUGGUUUAGGCUCCACCGCUGCAAUGAAGCUACUUGCUCUUAUCACUGCCCGGCAGUCAUGUUGAACUUUCCUGAUCUUUUAUCCACCGAUGCAGCAGUGUACAGCUCCAGUGUUUUUUUUUUUUUUUUAUUAAUUAUAAAACAUAUGCUUCUGCUUUGAUAGACUGUUCAGCUCCACCCUAGGCCUUGCUCCCAUACUGUGUGUUUGAUCAGAUGUUCUGUUAAGCUUUGCUUAAAUAAAGCCUGAUUGAAACUUGUU